AUUGCAUCGUAAAGAUCUUCUCCAUUUUUAGAUCUUUUCGUCACUCACGCUCUCUUCCCUCCUUUUCUUUCUCCUAGGGUUUCGUCGUUUGUUCGAGAAGGCGAAAAAUGGCUCCGGAAAAAACCAGACGUGCUGUUGCGGCCAUUGCAGGAUUCAACAAGCCAAAUGUAGUCCAGCGAGGGGCUUUCGUUACUUUUCUUGCUGGUGAUGGAGACUAUGUUAAUGGCGUGGUGGGGCUUGCGAAGGGUUUGAGAAAGGUAAGAUCGGCUUACCCGCUGAUAGUUGCGGUGCUGACCGAUGUACCCGCGAGCCAUCGCCGAGAGCUGGAGUUGCAGGGCUGCAUUAUUCGCGAGAUCGAUCCUGUGCACCCGCCGCCGAACCAGACCAGGUUUGCCAUGGCUUACUACGUCAUUAACUACUCCAAGCUACGUAUCUGGGAUUUUGUGGAGUACAAGAAAAUGGUUUAUCUCGAUGCGGAUAUCCAAGUGUUCGACAAUAUUGACAAUCUCUUCGAAUUGCCCGACGGCUACUUCUAUGCGGUGAUGGAUUGCUUCUGCGAGAAGACCUGGAGCCACUCGAAGCAGUACGAAAUAGGGUAUUGCCAGCAAUGCCCUGAUCGUCGGCCAUGGCCUGUCGCGGAGCUCGGCCCUCCUCCAUCCCUCUAUUUUAACGCCGGUAUGUUCGUUUUUGAGCCAAGUGUCUCCACUGGUAAAUCCCUUCUUUCCACGCUUGAAAUCACUACCCCAACCUUAUUCGCAGAGCAGGAUUUCCUCAACAUGUACUUCAGGAACAUCUACAAGCCUAUCCCGCUGGAGUAUAAUCUGGUAAUGGCUAUGCUGUGGAGACACCCUGAGAAGGUUGAUCUGCAGAAGGUGAAGGUGGUUCACUACUGUGCGGCUGGAUCGAAGCCAUGGAGUUUCACGGGGAAGGAGGAGAAUAUGAAUCGGGAGGACAUACGGAUGCUCGUGAAGAGGUGGUGGGAUAUCUACAACGAUAAAAGCCUCAAUUUAAACCCGCGGAAGCUGCAGGCUGGAACAAGGGAGGUUGGGUCCCCGGCGGCGUCCGGCGGCGUGAAAAGGCCGUUAAUGGCUUCGCUGUCGAAAGCCGGGAUGGGGCAAUUCGUUAGGGCUCCCUCUGGUGCGUGAGGAGCUCGCGCAGUGAGAGCGACUGACCAUGUGGCGGUUGGUGUUUUUGGGGAUCGCCCUCGGUCUAGAAGAGUCGAGCUUCUUGUUUUUUGUUUUUUAUUUUUUUUAUCUUUUUUGUUUUUUGUGGGUUAAUAUUUUAAAACCGUACGAGGUUCGAAAAACAGUGAGCCGUAUAGUUUGAAUGCUGCGAAGAUUAUGCUAAAAGUUUAUGUUGGUAUAGUUGUUCAUGUUUGUGCUUUAAUAAUUUAUAAUUGUAGCAGUCAAGUUUGUGUCUUUUUGUUAAA